AUGUCUGAUCAGCUACUUCCACCAUUGGACAAGAUAAGCUCCACUAUUGAGUCUUCCAAGGAUCAAACUGCAUUGACACCAAGAGAACGUAAUGAAGCGUUACAACAUGAAUUACAACAACUUGAACAAAUAAACUCCACAAUUGAUGGUGUAUUGGGAUCAUUCCAUAAAGCUUCAUCAGAUUUGGAUAAGGUUUUACAUGCUACAGAAUCAACUGAUAAAUUGCUAGAUAUCUGGAUUAGAAUAUUAUCACAAACUUCAUAUACAACCAAGUUAUUAAGUGAUAAAAAUUGGAAAGGUACAACUCGUCAUGAAGAAGAAUAUGCUAAUAAAAAACGUAAAUUUGAUGAACUGAAUCAAAGAUUCCAAGCUGAAAAGCAAAGAAAAGAACAAGAAAGAGAACAACAGCUCAAUAGAAAACUAGAACAGCAAAGAAGAAUAAAAGAAAGAGAAGAAUCACUGAAAAGAAGAGUAUAUGGAACAUCAGGCUCUAUUAGGCGUUCAACAAGAGGUUCUUCAACAUCCGCAGCUAGGAGAGGUACAACAUCUGCUACUAGAGGUUCCAGAGGUGCUAAUGGUAGAACUCCAGCUAGAAGAUAG